CGCGGUGGGAGGAGGAGUAGAAGACAAAAGCCGAACGCGAGAACGCACCGCGACCAGGAGGGAGCCGUCUGUCUGGCCAGCGAGCGAGCUGCGGGAGCGAGGAGGCCGCACUGCACGGAGCACCCGAGUGGGGACAGGCAGCAUGGGGAAGGGGGCAAACCAAGGCGAGGGGGCUCCCGAGCGGGAGGCGACCAUGCCCACCUUCAGCUGGGAGGAGAUUCAGAAGCACAACUUGCGCACCGACAAGUGGCUUGUCAUCGACCGCAAGGUUUACAACGUCACGAAGUGGUCCCAGCGACACCCGGGGGGCCACCGGGUCAUCGGGCACUACGCGGGAGAAGAUGCCACGGAUGCUUUCCGGGCCUUCCACCCUGACCUGGAUGUCGUGGGCAAGUUCCUGAAGCCCCUGCUGAUUGGCGAGCUGGCCCCGGAGGAACCCAGUCUUGACCGUGGCAAGAACUCUCAGAUCACGGAGGACUUCCGCACCCUGAAGAAGACGGCUGAAGACAUGAACCUGUUCCAGGCCAACCAUCUGUUCUUCCUGCUCCUGCUGGCCCACAUCAUUGUCAUGGAGAGCAUCGCCUGGUUCAUCGUCUUCUACUUUGGCAAUGGCUGGAUCCCCACGAUCAUCACGGCCUUUGUGCUGGCUACCUCUCAGGCCCAGGCUGGAUGGCUCCAACAUGACUACGGCCACCUUUCUGUCUACAAGAAGUCCACCUGGAACCACAUUGUCCACAAGUUCAUCAUUGGCCACUUGAAGGGUGCCUCUGCCAACUGGUGGAACCAUCGCCACUUCCAGCAUCACGCCAAGCCCAACAUCUUCCACAAGGACCCGGAUGUCAAGAUGCUGCAUGUGUUUGUCCUGGGCGAGUGGCAGCCUGUUGAGUAUGGCAAGAAGAAGCUCAAGUAUCUUCCCUACAACCACCAGCAUGAAUACUUCUUCCUGAUUGGGCCGCCGCUGCUCAUCCCCAUGUACUUCCAGUAUCAAAUCAUCAUGACCAUGAUCGUCCGCAAAGACUGGGUGGACCUGGCCUGGGCCAUCAGCUACUACGCCCGGUUCUUCUUCACCUACAUCCCUUUCUACGGCAUCCUAGGAGCCAUCCUUUUCCUCAACUUCAUCAGGUUCCUGGAGAGCCACUGGUUUGUGUGGGUCACGCAGAUGAACCACAUCGUCAUGGAGAUUGACCUUGAAUCAUACCGCGACUGGUUCAGCAGCCAGCUGGCAGCCACCUGCAACGUGGAACAAUCCUUCUUCAACGACUGGUUCAGUGGGCACCUCAACUUUCAGAUUGAGCACCACCUCUUUCCCACCAUGCCGCGGCAUAAUUUGCACAAGAUCGCCCCUUUGGUGAAGUCCCUGUGUGCCAAGCAUGGCAUCAAGUACCAGGAGAAGCCCCUGCUCAGAGCCUUGGUGGACAUCAUCAGGUCCCUGAAGAAAUCCGGGCAGCUGUGGCUGGACGCCUACCUCCACAAAUGAGGUCGCAGCCCUCGGGGCACCCACGGGGAAGGGGCCCAGGUGGGGGGUGAUGGCCACGUGGAGGGGUGGGCUUCUGUUCUUAGGGUGCCUAUGAGGCUGGGUCACAUGCCAGCCCAUGUGUCCUGGGCUUGGUCUUUUCUCCCUUUUUCUUCUUUGCCUUCUCUGUUCCCCCAUCCCUGCCCUCCGCCCGCUGCCUCCCGGUCCCUUCUCAGGAGUGCAGGGAGAGGUGGUCGCAGGAGGUGGCUCUGUCCCUCC